AUGUCAUUAGGAUAUAUUCUUCUUAGAGCAAAAUCAAAUAUAUUCAAUCAGUUACAAAAUGAAGCAUAUGGCCCUAGAUAUGAAAGAUUCAAAUGGAUACAAUUAGUUAAUUCACCAUUUCUAUUGAUACAAUAUGAUUAUUUCGAUCUUUUUGUACAACAUUGGAUCACUGUUGGUUGCAGUAACUACCACUACAAACAAAUAAAAUUGAAAGAUAAUCUUAGCAUAUUUAAUGAAGCAAUCAAAUUCAACCGAUUAAACUUUAUCAAGUGUUUCGUGAAGCUCAAUCUAUUGGACCUUUCAAAGUAUUCAACAGUAAUAGAAACCGCAGUGUCAGAAAGAAAAAAAGAGAUUGCAGAAUAUCUAGUUUCGACAAGCAAAUCAGAUACUAUUUAUGAUUAUUCGCGAGAUCUGAUUGAUGCUUGUAGGUCAAACGAUAUUGAAACCGUCAAACUAUUGUCAUAUAAGGUUGGCUAUCUUUAUUACUAUGAAGCUAAUUCACCGUUGUUUGAAGCUGCUUUUAGCAACAAUUUGGAGAUUGUAGAUUGGUUAUUGAACAACAGAUUCGAUGAAGCCAACUUGUUAGGUAGAACUAGAUUGGUUGGCAUGGUUGUAAACGAAAAUCUAUUGCAUAUACCUGAUUGGCUGUUGUCUAAAGGUCAUAUUGAAGAUAUAGUCUAUCACAAUAGAGAUCUACAUUUGCACUUCCAACCGGGAACAUUUCAAUGGUUGAAGACAACCAAACUAAAGAUAAACUUUUCAUCAGAAGAUAUUGAUGAAGGUGCACGUAGUUUGCCACUCGAUGACCUAAAGUGGAUGUGUGAUCACUGUAAUGAACAGUUUAGUGGUAUGGCAAUGUAUAAUGCGAUCACAAACUCCAAUUUAGAAGUUGCGAAAUGGUUACAUGAAAAUCAUAAUGCAGUUGGUUCAGAGGUGGUAGAUUAUAUAACUGUAAAUGAUGAAAAGAAAACGCUAGAAAUGAUAAAAUGGUUUCAUGAAAAUAGAACAGAUACACUCGGUCUCCAUGUUAUGGACUCAGCUGCUUCUUCGUCACUAGACAUUGUCAAAUUCCUUCAUUUCAACAGAACUGAAGGAUGUACUGAGAGUGCAAUGCUUAACGCUCUAAAGGCAGGUCACAUAGAAAUAUUCGAAUUUCUCAAAGAGAAUAGAACAGAAGGUGCUCCAAACAAUCUCAUAGAACAACUUUGUGCUGAUGGAAAUUUGGCGAUGAUUCAAUAUCUUCAUAAAACUGGAAAAACCAAAUGA